GUGUAUCCAUCCAACUCAGGUGAUGACUACAGCAGGGAUCCAGCUGGAUAUACUCCCUCGAAACCUCCCAGCACCGUGUAUCCCGGAGCCUUUUACAUGGCAGAUGGGCUCCACAACUCGCCAGACCUGUGGAGUUCCGCGGGUGCCAUGAGCCAGUCGAGUUACGGGGCCAUGCUGGGCAGCUCCUCCUCCCCGCUCCCGCAGUCCGGCGGCUUCAACAGUUUACAUCAGCACGAACGCAUGAACUACCAGCUUCAUUCAGGAGAGGUUAAUGGUGGACUCCCCUCCGUGUCUGGCUUUUCCUCUGCCUCCACGCCGUACGGUGUCUCCAGCCACACGCCCCCGAUCAGCGGGACGGACACUCUGAUGGGUAACAGAGGAACCACAGCUGGGAGCUCAGGAGACGCGCUCGGGAAGGCACUAGCUUCAAUUUAUUCCCCCGAUCACUCUAGCAAUAACUUCUCGUCAAACCCCUCCACACCGGUCGGCUCCCCUCAGGGGCUUGCAGGCGGGGCCCGUCCCCCACACCGCCCCCGUACGUCGCAGUGGUCGCGAGCGAGCGGACAGGGUGCCUUAUCUCCCAGCUACGAAGGGAGCCUCCACACUUUGCAAAACAAAAUGGAAGACAGGUUGGAUGAAGCCAUCCACGUGCUGAGGAAUCACGCCGUGGGCCAGACAGCUGCCAUGUCGAGCAACCACGGGGACAUGCACGGGCUCCUGGGCUCGGCGCCGGCUCACAGUGCCACCGUGGGCAGCCUGGGCCAGGCCUUCCCCGCCUCCGUCAUGUCCCUGGGGAACAGGCACCCGAGUCUGGUGGGGGGAGGUCACCCCGAAGACGGGUUGUCCAGCAACCCCAGCAUGCUCCACAACCAUGUCACGCUUCCGUCACAGCCCAGCUCACUCCCCGACCUCAGCAGACCGCAGGACACGUACAGCGGCUUGUCAGGGGGGCUGGGGCGAAGCAGCGUCUCCUCGGGCACCAGCGAAAUAAAGAGGGAAGAGAAGGAGGACGAAGAGAACACAUCGGUGGCAGAUAACUCCGAGGAAGAGAAGAAGGAGCUGAAACCCUCCCGGAACAGAACAAGGUGCUCUUUGAACAG